GUGUGUGUGUGCGUGUGUGUGUGUGUGUGUGUGUGUGUGUGUGUGUGUGUGUGCGCGCAUGCACCCAUACGCACAAAUGUGGGUGUAAAGUUUGAGCGCAAAUAAAAUGCCUUAGAGAGACAAAGUGUUUUUGCAGCAGAAGACAUGAAGCAUCCUCCACUAUACACACUCAUCCUGCUUGUCGUGUUCCUCCACUACGGCUCCUCUUCAGACAGUGAUGAUCAGUGUGUACCUCUGUUCGUGACUGUUGGGGAAACAGCCACCAUCAACUGCCGUUACAUCACAAAGAAAGAUCAGGACGGAGUUUAUUUGUACAGACAGCGAGAUGAGAAAAGCAGAGAGGAAACCAUGUCGUACUAUUUUAAAGACGGAACCUUUACCCCUGAGAAAAACUUCAAAGGCCGACUGGAGACUAAUAAGGACCUUAGAAAUUUCUCUGUGUUCAUGAAGAACGUGAGCGAGCACGAUGGUGGAGUUUACUGGUGUCAGUUUAACCAACAUGAUGUAAAUACCAUCAGUCAGCGGACGUGUCUGUUAGUGCAGUCUGGAAUCAUACUGAUAUACAAAGAGGAAACGAAACUGAACCACUUUAUCUUCUGGGGUGUGAUUGGUGGGCUGUCAUUCAUCAUUCUGGUCCUGCUGAUUGUACUGGUACACACACACACACACACACACACACACACACACAAACACACACACAGACAUUUUUGCUUCCUGAACACUGUUGGGUGUUCCUUUAUAGACCUUUGGCUGCUGAUCACGAAGAGCUCAUCCAGAUUUCCCGACACAAACCGUUUCAUUGAUAUCUUCAGUUUUUUCAUGUUUUUUUAUUAUAUUUGUGUCCAAAAAUGUUCGUUCCUGUUAGAGACCUAUGAACAAUGUUUUGUGAGGUCUGGGCAUGAAAUCAGUCCAGACGGAAGCUGUUCUGUGGACAGCCGUAGCCAGCGUGACACAGACUCAUUAGAUUAAUGUAGACCUUAUAGUGUGUAUGCAGAAUAUAGCAGUGUCUCAGUCACACUGUAACAGAGUAGGUUAAGACGUUAUAGUCGUUUUACAGGACGAUGAGUGUCGGGAUCAUCAACGUCGUAACAGCUGUGAUACAUUCUGCUGUGUUUGUGGCGAGUAUACGUUUGUCCAUCAGAGACGCUCAGUGAGCGCUCCUGUGGCGAAAGCACAAUGUGCUGUAUGACUGAGAGCUUGGCUCAGAGACACCGUCGUUUCCCGAUGAUAUGGUGAGUACAGUACAGAGAGACCGUGUGAUGGACUGUUACUUCUGUUACACUAAUGCGUCUGCUUUCUCUGACAAACACAAGAAGACAAUUGAAUAUCCUAAGCGCCUGGAAAGCCUUCAAAGACGUUGUAGGAUGCAACAGAUAAAAUUCAGCUGAUAGACAAACUUCUAAAGUAUACAAAACAAUGUAGUGCGACAUGUCACUAAAGACUCAUCUCCUCCACUCACACUUGGGCUUCUUCACUGCAGAUCUCAGUGCUGUCAGUGACGAACACGUGGAAAGGUUUCAGUGGAAAAACAAAGUCAGGGCAACUGGAAUCACUCACUGUUUACUGGUUUCUGUUGGACACUGUGACAUGAUGCACCAGACACUGAACACAAACGAAUAUCAGGAGCAAAACACUUUUAAUUGUGCUGAAAUUAAUAGUGUAUCAGAAACAUAAAUACGUUAUUGCCAGUAAACAGUUAAUUGUUUACUUCUCAGAGCUCGUACAUGAUGCAACAAAACCAAAAGUAUAUUUGUGCAAAAACACCAGGAACCAAUCAGCAAAAACUGUUCAGGAAGAAAAACUUUUCAAAAAUUGUUGUGCUGCUGUAAUUUUCUGUUCUCUCUCUCUCUCUCUCUCUCUCUCUCUCUCUCUCUCUCUCUCUCUGUCUCUCUCUCUCUCUGUUUCUCUCUCUCUGUUUCUCUCUCUCUCUCUCUCUCUCUGUCUUUUUCUCUCUCUCGCUCUCUCUCUCUCUCUCUCUCUCUCUCUCUCUCUCUCUCUCUCUCUCUCUCUCUGUCUCUCUCUCUCU